AGUAACACUAAGAAAAUAUAAUUCUGACGAGUUGUUAUUUUAAUUGUUUAGCGAGGUAAUUUAAUAUAAAUGGACGAAAAAAGUGUUCAAAAUUAUUCAAGAUUAAAAGAUGAUCCCGAAAUUCUUCUGCAAUUCGUCAAUAAAUAUUGUACGGUGGAACUAAUAAAGAACACUUCAUUUUCGGGAUUUGUCCAUUCAAUUGAUCCCAUUUCUAAAAGUAUUAUUCUGGCGGUACCAUGCGAGAAAAGUUUUCAAAUAACCCUAUUACCUGGCCAUGCAGUUACAAAUCUGUUUGAAAGUAAUCAAGAAAAUGUGACAUCACCAUUUGAAAAACUGAAAGAUGAGAACACUAACAAUGAUAUUGCAGCCAGAAAAUCUAAAGUAAUGGAUUGGUUCAAAUUAAACCUCUUAACAGUGACAGAGUCAAAUGAGAAUAUUGUUUUUGGAAAUGUCUCAAUACUACCUCCUUACAAUGUUACCGAUAUUUGUACAGACAAUCCCAUGGUGGCAAUGCAAGUUCGAAAAAUUAUUGAAAGAAUGCCUGAUGACUAAAGUUGUAAUAAUAAAAACUGCACUGUGCAGCUGCACUGCAAAACAUGGCUGGAAAUCUAUUUAUUAAAUAAGUGAUACUUAAGUUUUAAA